AUGCUUCGAGGUCUUCAGGUCACUAUAGAUUCCAGAAACUUCCCCGAUCAAGCGAUGACCACAGUGGGCGACAUAUUCUUUACACGUAUGCUUCAAGCUUCUGAUUUAGAUGGAGUGAAUGAAUGCACAGAAGAAUACGAGGACUCAUUAACUAGACCACUGAAUGAUGAUAAUGGCACGCCAUUAGCUAGAACAUGGAAAGACCAAACUUCAUUCUUAUGCACUAUUCCAGUUCAACGUGAUGGAGCGGGUAUAUUCUUUGAUGGAUUAGAAACUUUCAACUCACAAGUUACAGUACAAGUGAAAGCUUAUCCAAUCAUUCAGGGUGAAAAUGACACUUACUGUUCAAAGGUGACAAAUCCUCCUCAGGUUUGGUUUACUAGGACUACGUAUUGGACAUGGACACCGGAUGAAGGUUUGAAAUAUCAUCCAACAGGUACACCACCACAGUAUAGAAGUUCAUAUGAUGAAAUAUUGAUGAAUAGAAAUGUUUAA